AUGUCUUCCACCCCUUCCAGCAACCAGCAGGCCGCGCUCAAGAUGCGUCCCGUCACCGGAGCCUACUUGCUGAAGCAGAGGCCCGUCGACCUUUUCCACGGAAUCAAGGACAUCAUCAAGAACCACGGCGUCACGCUGCCGCCCAGCUGCUCCCAAGAGCUCAAGCAGUUCUUGGACGAGAAGCUUGAGCCCUACUCGCUCCCCCACGAUCCGAAGCGUCCCAACCUCCAAGCGGACCUGGACAACAGUGCUCGCCUUCGCGACAGGAGAGUUCAGCUCAAGGACCAGGGCGCAACUUCGAAAGCACCCGCGAAGACGCUUCAUCGAUCGAAUCUCGACACCUUCUCGCGGUUCGGCAAGCCUCGCAACAUCAACGAGUCUUUCAUGGACGUUCCGUGGAACGAUCCAGUCUCGCCGUCCAUGUUGCAACCGCCGAUGCCCGUCAGCGUGAACUCGCUGCUUCAGGGCUGGCCUCUGAAAGAGAAGUCAGUCGCAGCUGUGAAGACGCCGACCAAGGUCGAGAAAGACCAGUCUGCACAGGCCGAGAUCCAGAACUCGGUUAAGCUCGCGAAAGAGCCUCCCGUCAAGGUUGAGGUCGCUCCCAAGCCUGCGCCCGCUCUCGCCGUCAAGUCCGAAAAUGCCACGACCACGAGCGUCAAGCGCACCCUCAACGCUUUCGAAGAGAUGGACCCCGACGCCGUCUCCUUCACUUCUGUCAACCUCGGCGCUAUCAAGCAGACCCGCCCUGCUGUCAAGCACAUACCAUCCUCCGCACCCGCAAUCAAGGUCGAGGACGACGCCUCCGGCUUCCAGAGCUCCGUCGGCUCGUCCAAGUCCUCGGGCGUCCAAUCUUCGGUUUCAGGUGUCAAGAAUGAGUUCCAGGAAACACCUGACACCACGUACCUUGGUGAGUCGCAGCAGACUCUGGGUCGGUCGCAGAGCCCGUUCAGCCAGACCCAAGGUUUCCCCAACUCGUUCUCCCGCAGCCGCUUUGGCAGUCAAUCUUUCCUGAGCCCUCCCGGUUCAGCGACCUCACAGACGUCCGGACGAGUCGAGAUCAACCCGCGUCGCUCCGCUCGACUAUCCCAGGCUAGAACAACUGCUGCCGGCUCGUCAGCCCCGUCAGCUUCCGCCCCGUCAGCUCCUCCAGCUCCAUCUCCUACGCCAUCUUCCACCUCCUCUCUUGGUGUUAAGCGUCGUCGCUCUGCCAGCCUCGCAGACGAAGUAGAGCAAGUAGAGCGCCAGGGUCGCAACAAGAAGUUCGUGACCAAGGAAGUGGUCGCGAAACAGCGCGAGGCUCGCCACAAUGAGGAUGCAAAGGACCAAAAGCGCAGUAGCGCUCAGCGUCGUACCUCAGUGCUUCGUCGUCGCCAGAUCUAG